AUGAGUGCUAUUAAACAUACAAGAGUUCCGCCACCAAUACCAGCGAAACCAGGUUAUGUUUCCAUUGUUAAAGCUUUGUAUGACUAUACAGCACGUUCCCCGGAAGAAUUGUCAUUUGAAGAAGGUGAAAUUCUCUAUGUAACCGAUGAUGCAAAAUAUAAAGAUUGGUAUUUGGCUACAACAAAUAAAAAUCGUACAGGUGGUUUGGUUCCGAAAAAUUAUGUUGAACAAAGUACAGAAAAACUUGCCAAUGCAUUACAUGAUGCAGCUAAACGUGGAAAUAUCGAAUUUCUUCAACAAUCGCUGGCGAAUAAGGCAUCGGUUAUUGGUCUUGAUAAAGCAGGAAAUACGCCAUUUCAUUGGGCAUGCUAUUCAGGUGAUAUGGAUUGUGUAAAAUUAUUGUUACCUCUUUCAUUAUCAAUUAUUAACCAAAAGAACAACGUUGGCGAUACACCUAUGCAUUUAGCUAGUUGGAAAAAUCAUGCAGACGUUGUUCAAAUUCUCAUAGAAAAUGGUGCUGAUAAAGGUAUCCGAAAUGAAGAUAAUAAAACACCACUUGAUCUAACCCAUGAUCCAACUGUUCGAUCAUUCUUAGAAGACAAAAUUAUUUUUUCCAAUUACAAACAACGUAAAACGCAGCAGGGUGAAGAUGGCAAUGAUGAUAAUGAUGAUUCCGAUUGA